GAUUGUCUCUGCUUUAGCGUCUCUAAAUCCGGUCACCAUGUCGGACCCCGAAGGCGAGACCUUGCGAAGCACCUUUCCCUCUUACAUGGCGGAAGGCGAGCGGCUCUACCUGUGCGGGGAAUUCUCUAAAGCCGCUCAGAGCUUCAGCAACGCUCUUUACCUUCAGGAUGGAGACAAGAACUGCCUGGUUGCUCGCUCAAAGUGCUUCCUGAAGAUGGGAGACUUGGAGAGAUCCCUGGAGGAUGCUGAGGCUUCGCUCCAGAGUGACCCAACUUUCUGGGAUUUUACAAAAGGCUGAGACACUGUACACCAUGGGAGACUUUGAGUUUGCCUUGGUAUUCUAUCAUCGAGGCUACAAGCUGAGGCCUGAUCGGGAAUUCAAAGUUGGCAUUCAGAAAGCCCAGGAAGCCAUCAACAACUCAGUGGGAAGUCCUUCUUCCAUUAAGCUGGAGGACAAAGGGGACCUCUCCUUCUUAAGCAAGCAGGCUGAGACUAUAAAAGCCCAGCAGAAGCCUCAGCCCAUGAGACACCUCUUACACCCCACCAAGGGAGAGCCCAAGCGGAAGGGCUCACUCAAGAGUGAGAAGACUGUUCGCCAGCUUCUGGGGGAGCUCUACGUGGACAAAGAGUAUCUGGAGAAGCUCCUAUUGGAUGAAGACCUGAUCAAAGGCACCAUGAAGGGCGGCCUGACUGUGGAGGACCUCAUCAUGACGGGCAUCAACUACCUGGAUACUCACAGCAACUUCUGGAGGCAGCAAAAGCCGAUCUAUGCUAGGGAGCGGGACCAGAAGCUGAUGCAAGAGAAAUGGCUGCAGGACCACAAACGCCAUCCCUCACAGACAGCCCAUUACAUCCUCAAGAGCCUGGAGGACAUUGAUAUGUUGCUCACAAGCGGCAGUGCUGAAGGGAGUCUUCAGAAAGCCGAGAAAGUGCUGAAGAAGGUACUGGAAUGGAAUAAGGAAGAGGUACCCAACAAGGAUGAACUGGUUGGAAACUUGUAUAGCUGCAUAGGGAAUGCCCAGAUUGAGCUGGGGCAGAUGGCGGCAGCCCUGCAGAGCCACAGAAAGGACCUGGAGAUCGCCAAGGAAUAUGACCUUCCUGAUGCAAAAUCCAGAGCCCUUGACAACAUUGGCAGAGUUUUUGCCAGAGUUGGGAAAUUCCAGCAAGCCAUUGACACGUGGGAAGAAAAGAUCCCUCUGGCAAAAACCACCCUGGAGAAGACCUGGCUGUUCCAUGAGAUUGGCCGCUGCUACUUGGAGCUGGACCAGGCCUGGCAGGCCCAGAAUUAUGGCGAGAAGUCCCAGCAGUGUGCCGAGAAGGAAGGGGACAUUAAGUGGCAACUGAAUGCCAGUGUUCUGGUGGCCCAGGCACAAGUGAAGCUGAGAGACUUCGAGUCAGCCGUGAACAAUUUUGAGAAGGCCCUGGAGAGGGCGAAGCUUGUGCAUAACAAUGAGGCACAGCAGGCCAUCAUCAGCGCCUUGGACGAUGCCAACAAGGGUAUCAUCGGAGAAUUGAGGAAAACCAACUACAUGGAGAAUCUCAAAGAAAAGAGUGAGGGAGAAGCUUUACUGUAUGAAGAUAGAAUAAUAACAGAGAAGGACAUGAGGAGAGUGAGAGAUGAGCCCGAGAAGGUGGUGAAGCAGUGGGACCAUAUUGAGGAUGAGAGAGAGACGGAUGAGGACGAUGAGGCUUUUGGGGGAGCUCUGCAGAGCACAGCAAGCGGAAAGCAGAGUGUGGAAGCAGGAAAAGCCAGAAGCGAUUUGGGAGAAGUUGCCAAGGGCCUGUCAGGAGAAUUAGGCACAAGAUCAGGAGAAACAGGCAGGAAGCUACUAGAAGCUGGCAGAAGAGAGUCAAGAGAAAUUUAUAGGAGGCCUUCAGGAGAAUUAGGCCAAAGACUCUCAGGAGAGUUCAGCAGACAUGAACCAGAAGAACUAAAUAAACUUUCAGAAGUGGGCAGAAGAGAGCCAGAAGAACUGGGAAAAACACAAUUUGGGGAAAUAGGAGAAAUGAAAAAAACAGAAAACGAGAUGGAAAAGGAGUAUGAAUGAAGACAGCGGUAGGGAUAAGGAUCAGGAAGUUGGUGUUCAGAAGGAUAACGGGAUCUUAUUAAACUGGAUUUUCAAGCGAUUUAUCUGUAAUAGGAAAAAUGAGGGUUUUACUUGUGCUGCUUUCCGUCACUAUUUUGCCAUUAAAUAGGUGUCUUUCACUCUUGCAAACCCUGAGUCUGUCACUUUGUCUCCUCACCCCUGCCCAUUCUUGGAAGAGCCUCGUGGAGAGAAGGUGCCAAGAAGAAAGGGUUUCAGGAGGGUGAAGAUACAGGAGCUUCAGGGAAUGAGAAGUCACAGGGAGGAGGAGAGGGGAAGGCCUGGGAGGAGAGGUGCUUCCCAGACACCCCUGACUGACUGAGUCCUUCCAGUGCGCAGGACACCGGGGAGGCAUUAUGGAUGGAACAGUGGUGGGGUGGCCCCAGCUAGCACAGGCAGGAGAAUGCCCCAAGCCAGAACUAAGCGAAUGCUGGGACUGAGGCCAAAGAUAGGGGAGUGGCCUGGGAGGGCAGACAGAGUCCACCUCUGACAACUCUGGGUGGCACAAUCAGGUAAAUCAGGCUCGCCAAGCUGGCUUCUCCUCUGAACAAUGGGAUACCUGCCUCAGGGGUUGCUGCGAGGACUGAGUGCUUAGCACAGCACUUGGUACAAGAAACUCAAAAAUCCAACGGAGCUCUCAGUGGUUUCACAGAGGUGGUGGCAGCUGAGCAUCUGGCCUCAGAGGAUGUUAGGAUUUCACUCCGUUACUCAUCUGUCCCUUUGGCCAUUGCCAUCCUGGUCUGUCUCCACAACUUCUAGAAGGAAAGGUCGGGGCUGAGACUGACUUUCGGCUGGCACAGGGCCCGGCGAGGUCAGUGAGGCAUUUCAGAUGCAGAGUUUACCGGGAUGCCAGCAAAUUGCAUAAUACUUUAAUCCAAUGUGGUUUAAAAAAAAGUUUUUAAUUAAUGCAAAAGUCCAUGAUGAAUAAAAUAUCAAAAAUUAAAGAUAGGAUCCAACCUUGCACGACCCUGCUUCACUCA